CCCACAUCGUAACCACAAACAUCGCGUCCAUUCCCCCCUUGAGCCUCAAUUUACUUUUAAACUACGCAUACGACAAACUUCCACCAAACACAGCCCCAAUAUGAUGCAAUCAAUCCUUGGCUUGGCCUCUGGCGCCAACUAUUCCUUCUUUGCUGUUCCCGCGGCAUUUCUUGCAACUUGCAUCGCGCCACACGGCUACGCUAUUCUUUCCGCGCGAAAGCAUUAUGAUAAUGCUCGACCUCGAACAUUUAACGAAGCUGUAGCAAACGACGAAGAGAUUGAAAAGCCGAUCAGGCAGCGAAUCCUCCGUGCACAGGCUGCAUCUGACAAUGGCAUUGAAUCCUUUGGCUACUUUGCUUCUGGUGUAGUUGCUGCCAAUAUGGCAGGGCUGAGCAACGUAAAGCUGAACCUGCUAACAUAUGGCUAUGUGCUUACUCGCAUCUCUUAUAUCGUUGUGUAUAUUCACAUGCAAGAAAACCGAAAAUACCACUUCUUGCGCAGCACUCUCUGGGAGACGGCGUUUAGUAUUGUGGCCGCAAUGUGGGUGAUGGCUGGCCUCAACAUUAUGAACAAGUAAUCAUCGCGGCCGCGAUAUUCUAUUAUUAUUAUUAUUUGCCUGAUAUAGUUUUCUAGAUAUUUGUUGACGUUCACUCAUAAGAAGUAAAUUCAAGGUCUAUGAGCCAGCCUGCCAGCGAUGAGGCCUCUGGUCUGGAUCGUGCUUCCUCUUCUGCAGCCGCCUCUGUGUAUAUGCCUGUCGUACGCAGUUCGUCAUAGAAUUCCGCCCGCUGAAUAUACGUGAGAUGCUCAAAGUUGUACUCCCUAGCGAAUUGCCAGGGACUCUUGCCCGCAUCAUCAAGAACAUCCACCCGUGCACCAGCAGAUAGAACAUAUUUGACAAGAUCGAUGUCACCCUUUCUGAUGAUGUAGUUCAAAAUAGUACCGUUUGAGUUGAACCUGCGACUCGCCUCUGAUGGGUUGUAAGACCUGUUGUCCCAUUCAACUUCUUCAUUCACGUCCAGCCCAUGGUCGAUGUAGAGCUGCAAAUGUGCAAUGCUUACAACUCCCGGCCAUAAUCGACGGCUCGACUGACCGAUUCCCCACAUACUUGUACCGGAUUCAAGGAGGAUUCGAGUACACUCAGUAAUCCGGGCAACGAUUUCGGCUUUUAAGGUCGAUUCACUAUGAAUGUGUCUAACAUAGCCCAGAGUUGCGUGCAGUGCAGUACGUCCACAGUCUUCGUGGCUUUGUACCUCGGCGCCAUUUUCGAGCAAAUAUUCAAGUACUUCGGUGUCCAUUUGUCUUGCUGCAUGCCAUAGAGCCGUACGCCCUUGUGCAUCUUGUAAAUUAACUGGCGCUCCCACUUGUAAUAGUACCUUGGCCACUUCCAGAGGAUAGUCGCGCGUCACCGUUUGCAUAACUGUUUGUGGGUAGUAAUAGAUGCCAGAUUCGAAGCCUCCAGGAUGGAAUUUCGCGCCGUAUUUCGCCAAAAGCCGAAUAACUUCCAAGUCCAAUAUGUUCUUAGUAGCCACAGAUAGUGGGGUGGUGCCUCUCGUAGUUUGGUAGGAAGCGUUGCCACCGUGAGCCAGGAAUUCCCGAAGAGUGUCCAUGAGGUUAACAGAGGCUGACCUCUCUUUCCACUCAUAAAAGGGCCGUUGCAGCAGUUUUAGCAAUGGCGUAUCUCCAUCCUCAUCCACAUGGUCUAUCUCCGCACCGGCAUUUAUAAGACAUUUUGCAACAUCCGCGUUUGAGGCGUAAGCGAGGGCCGUUGACGGCGAUGGGCACCCGCAGCAUCCAAGAAGGUAGUUUACAAGGAUGGUCGGCGUUUUACUACAUACUGCAAAUUGUAAAAUGUUCUUAUCCCUGCCAACACCGAACAAUGGAGCACCACAAUCCACCAGUAACUGGCAAACCUGGAGUAAGCUGCCUUUGGGUAUAUGAUCAAUGGCGGUGUGAAGUAUGAAUUGAAACUCGUCGCCAGCGAGAUUUGGACGAUUUUGGAGGAGUAGAGUCAAAUGUGCCACCUUUUUCGAAUGCAAAACAGCCUUAAUAAUGUCUGAUGAUAACGGCAUGUCUUGUAGAAGGAGGAUGACGUCUUCCAGCCGGUUGAGCUUGUCCCGCGUCUGUCGAUAAAUCCCCAGCCUUUCGUAUAGACACCCAAGCAUCUCAGCCCAUUUAUGCGGAGGAAUGCCUUCUCCUCCGCCAGCUUCUUUGAGUGCCUUUGCUGUAGCGAUUGAACCAUAAAGAAGUGCAAGUAUUAUCGGUGGAAAGUGUUUCCGCUCAUCCGGGAACGCGGGCACGCCUCUUGCAAGAAGCAUAUUGACAAUGUCUGUAUCACGGUGAUAGAUAGCUCCUUCGAUUGGGGUCACGCCUUUUGCACGAUUGAUAUGAACAAGAUCGAUUCCCGGCAAGUCCAAGUAUCUGCGGAUGACGGCGAUAUUGCCUUGGCGGAUAGCAGGUGUGAGAGGAUGCUCGCAAUCCUCCUCAAUAUAGCCUCGUCCGGUGACGACUUUCUCGAGCAAUUCCUUGUUUUGCAGCAGUUCGUCGACUAGCGCAAGAUGGCCGCGCUUAGAUGCCGAGCAUAGAGUGUACAUGUUUGUAUAGUUGCCGUGUUUUAGCACCUCUCGAAAGAGGUCGACAUCUCCUUUGGACAGGGACCAUUUAAAGGCUCUAUCAAGAGCACCAGUCGCUUUCCAUAAAGACGGUUGAGAAACGGCACGGAGUCUUUUGGAGACCAGACAGAGUGAGCAAACGGUCGGGCGGUCGGAAAUGCUAUUAACAAUUUGCUCCAGAAUCUCCGUUGGAAGUGCGCCUAGAGUUGAAGCCCCCAUCAGAUCUGCCGGUAGGUGAGUUGUUGAAAAGACGUAGUAGCAGUUUAAUUGGAAUUCAACCGUCUUAGCAGUUAUGUUUUAGACAGAUAUAUAAGUUGAGG